AAAGUCACCACUUUUGCUCUAUUUUGGACACACAAAGACGGCAGUUGGACUACUCGGUGUUUAUUUUUAUAUACUACUCUGUUUUGGAGUGGUGGGCAGCAUAGAAAUCAUAUAAAUAGCAUAUGAUAUCUAUGGGAGCAGCAAUAAUCAUAGUUUAAUAAUAAAACAUGAUACAAUCAAAGUUUAAUAAAGAAGUUGUAUUGUAUAAAAUAAGUCUUCGCUGCCGUAAUCAAAGAGAUAGAUAAAGGUAUUAAUAUUUCCAUUGUGGGCGUAUGUGUCCUUGGACGGGACAUUUUUAGCACAUAUAGUAUCCAACAUUCCUGAUUGUGUUUUAAACCAUUAACAAAACUCUUUUGGGGUUGCGAAGAUGCGGUUUUAUAUUCCUUUGAAUGUAUUACUACCGAAUGGGACGAGAAAAUCGAAUAAAAAGAUGUCCCAUCUCCCCCACCCUACUAUACUAACAUUUCUGCAACUUGUGGUUAACUUACCUAAAAAAACGACUGUAAUAGUUUCUUUGUCAUAUAAACUUUAUAUAUAAAUUUUAAAACGAUUUUUAUGUUGUUUUAAUUCCAAAUUAAAGACAUAUUGACACCUGCCUAUUUUCUUCAAGUUUAUAUCUCAGUCUUUUUCACAAAACUAAAACUAGUUUUAUGAGACUAAAUCAAUUGUAUUUGCUACUGUUUCUAUUUAACAUUCUCUUUUUUUUAAAUUACCAACUGUAAUAUCGGCUUUGACGUAAGUUUUAUAAAGUCGUGAUAAUACUGUCGAAAAAUUCUUUAACAUUAUUUUUUCAUUAUCAUUAAAUGAAAUUCCGUAAAAAGAAAAAGGAAUAUAUUGUCUGACAAAGUAUUCCAUCUUCCCCUAUCCUAAUCUAAUCUCGUGUUUAAAGUGUGUCCACAUUGACGAAAAGAACGAAAUAAGAUUUUAAAAUGUGAAUAUCUGAAAGUUAUGAUCGCAAUUGCUGUCAUACUUUUUAAUUAACAUGAUCCUAAAAUUGUCCACCAUUACAAUGCCUAAAACCAAAGUGUGACCAUAGAGAUGACGUAUGUGUUGGGGGUCGUUUACCAAAUUCGACGCGAGUAAACGUUUUCAGUGCUAAAAUAAACAAUUAUAUCUUUUUUAAUUAGGUCGUUAUAGAAGUAUCCAUCCAUUAACGCUAGAUCUCUCUUGUUUCAUUUUAUUCAUGGAUAUCAAGAAUCAGAGGAUUAAUGGUAAAAUGACUGGUUUAAAAAUGUAUCUAUCAAAAAUAAAACAAAAUCGUUUGCGGUAAAAUAAUGAUUACUAGAGUAAGGCAACUGGCAACGUUGAAUUUACAUACUUACAACUGAUCUAGCCUUUAACCACUUAUAGUAGGACUUCUAGUACGACACUUAUGUGCUCGCACUUGUGUGGCUCAUUGUAUUUAGGUGGAUGAAUGUCCCAAUCGAUACUUAUUGCUAGAAAUUUAGUUUUCUCUUUAACAUAAAUUAGAAACUUGUUUGGACUUGAAAAAAAGGUUAUGGAAGAUCACCUCCCUGCCGAUCUCGUCACAGAGUAUAAAGAUGCAUUUCGAAUGCUGGACCGGGGAAAUCAUGGUGCUAUAUCAAUCAGGGAUAUCGCCACAGUUCUACUUUCGAUCAAUAUCCAACUAUCCGAAGAAGAACUUCGCACUGCAGUGAAACACGCCACCGAUGAUAAUGAUGUCAUCGCCUAUGACGUCAACAUCAGUAAACCUUGCAUUAUUUUCUCGGAUUUUCUUGCAGUAAUGGCUACUGUUGUCACGGAUUGUGUAUCAGACGAGGAGGUUAAACUAAUUUUCAAUCAGUUCGACAAAGAUGGUGAUGGCUUCAUUUCACCGAAUGAGCUUCGCGAACUGUUAUCGCAGUUGGGUGAUAACGUCACAGAUCAGGAUUUAGAAGACAUGAUGCUCGUUGCUGACCAAGAUGGCGACGGAAGAGUGAGCUUGACUGAAUUUAUUCAAGUUAUGACGUCACAAACUCCGUUCGCUGCUAAAGCUGAAUGCUGUUCCUUAAAACUAGAUCGACACGAAUGCAUGAAACAUCGUGCCGAACAAAGUCAGGGAUUUUCCGUCAAUCAACUACCUGAGUCUCCAAAUGAAAAUACUGUUGACGAUGCGUUUGAAGCAAGUCCAAGGCGAAAAUCUUCGUUCGAAAAAAGACGGAAAAGCUUUUUAGAGUGGUGGCGUGGUAAACAAAUGGCGAAAUCUCUUUCUAAACCACCUAAAUUGUUUGUGGAAAAUGACGAAGAUAAUUGCAGGCAAAGUUGCUCGAGCACGGAAGAUAUUGAACUAGGGGAAGCUCCACAAAGGCAGCGAAGAUCAAGUAGCAUUGGGAGAACAUUGCAAAUCGGUCGAAACGCCUUCAGGGCGACCAUGAAAAAAAAUAUGAAGACGAAGCAAAGUUAAUUUAAAAAAAAUAACAGUGGAGAGACGGUGAUAGAAUAAGUGACAAAGUUUUACCAUGGUGAUAUUCUCCGAUACUCUAAUCACUGUUAGAUAAAUACCGCCUUUGUUUUUAUACUUUUUCUUAGGUGCUAUCAGCAUGUCAUGCUUAUAUAUCGCUCUUAGAAAUAAAUUUACUUUAAGUUUUUGUGCCGUUG